CUCGAAACACCCCCGUAUUACCACUAUCCUUCUCAUCUUUUCUGGAACUCACUCGGCAAUUCCGUUGGCACAACGCUCUACUGUACACAAAGUGGGCGACAGUGCUAGGAUUGCCUCGUAAAGCUUGCGUUGGCCGCGUCGACGAUGUCGUCCGAAGCGUCGGAUGAGACGGUUCUGGAUUGGAACGAAUCGACGCCAUCGCUGACGGCUUGGUCCUCGUCGAACGCUGCUGCGGCUCCCGUGCCCAAAGUCCCGACUACAGGAACGGGUACGCGCCCGCGCCGAACGUACGGGAGUCGCAACGUUGCGGGAUUUUUAGGACGGACGGACUUUCUCAAGCCGCGGGCGAACAGCACUUGGCUCCGGGAAGGAUCCGCCGAGGCCAGCGGAACGUUGGCAGAACCGUGGGCUCUGGAGACUACCGCAUCGGUUUUUACGGACCAACGCUCGGCGUCCAGUGUAUCCGAGACCGAGCCACCACCCGUUCCUCGUCCCGAAGCGUAUUCGCGAGACCGUGCCAUUUCCUCCCCCUGGCAACCGCCACCGAAAACCCUGCGACGCUCACAGUCGCUGGCAUUUCCGAGGUCAACGGAACACACGCUGGUACGGAGUGCGACGGUUGUCUCAUCCUUCUCUUUGCGUGAUUCCUACACGGAAGAGACGCCCUUGGAUUUCGGGGAAAAUGGGCAUCCUAACCAUUCGCCGUACGCUCCCACGCGCAAGGCCAAAGUUCUGGCCCGCUGCAACAGUCUGCAAAUGACCAACCGACCCGCUUAUCUCGCUAGUCAAUCGGUGUCCUCCUUUCCAUCCCUGGAGUCCUCACCAACCAAGACACUCCGCGAGUGCUCCUCAUCCACGGAGACCACCACCUCCUCCCGGAAACGCGGUGUAUGUGGUUCUCCCAUUUCGCAGUAUGGAGAAGACGACUACGACGGAGACUACAACGAUGGAGACCGUAACCGCGUGGUCUUGUCGGCCUCGCGCCCCGCGUCGAGUGGUUCCCAUUCGGGCCGUCGAAUACGCUCUCGUUCUCGCAUAUUUUCCCCCGGCUCGGAUGUCCCUUUUGCGCCGCUCUUACGAGCAGAAUCCGUGCGUACUCCCCUCAACACCUCGUUAUCUCCUCUUCUCUCUGCGCAAGAUUGUCGGCCCAUGCAGGUCGACUCGGAUAGUGACUCGGCGGGGCCACAUUCUCCCGACACAUCCUUCAGGGAAGAUGAGGACGAAGACGACCUCCAUCCGUCCGCUCCCUCCACCUUUUCCGCGUCGGUCGAGCCCAUCCCGACCAACCCCGACGACCAACUCUUUGCCACCAUGUCCAGCUACGACGAUCUCAAGUACAUUAUUCGCUGUCUCCGUAAGGAGACCAAACUCUUUGGUAAGGAAAGUUGGACCGUUUCGCCCCAACUCUCCUGGACAAAUGUCCGCCGCUCGGCAUUUUUGUGCUGGACCACCCGCACUUUGGGAUUUACGCUGCGCGCCAUUGGGAAUUCUGCCACCUACCUGUCGAUCUCCAAAGCCAAGGGGCAAGAGCUAAAGGAGCGUUUGGAAUCGGCGCUUCUCGCCUACAAGCAAAAGGAAAUAUGGACCGCCCGGCAACCGGAAGCCGUUCCCUUUCCCAUCCACACCGAAACCAUUGCACGGCCUAGUUCAGUCGCGUCCUUGGUGUUGGACCCCCCACCGUAUGCGGACUGGCGGGAUCCCGAUACGGACGCAUUAGCGCACGGCCUGCAAUCCCUCAGUGUACGCGCGACGUCCACCGCCGUCCAUAUGACACGCACCGUCACGUUGGAGCCCGUCCCCGACCAUGCCCCCGUAUGGUCACGUGACCUACAGUUGCUUGGGCACACCAGCCCUACCAAAGGCGGCAAACUUUCGUUGGCGUCGGUCCGGAGCAGCUACAGCGCGUAUUCCGUCACCAUGAACGCCGGUACGGAGUGUUUGGAAACUCCGCUCAAUACGCAAGACCAGGGAUGGGGAUCGUGUCCCGUGCACGGACGAGACUGGGGAACCUCGUCGGCGUGUGACGAAGCCGUAUCGCGAGAGCUCACGGAACGCUUCGAAGAAUCUUGCAAGGUGGCUGGGAUCCGAGGCUCUCGGGAGCCCAGUCCAACGUCAUCGUUACCGCUGUUGCCGUGUGAAUUUGAUGCGGUAGCCGAGAUCGAAGCCACCGAAUCAAAAAGAAUGUCGAUCGCUUCGUGUGAAAGCACAGCCCAAGUUCAAGAAUACAAUGUCGAUGAAAUGCGCCAGUUACGACGCCGCAAAACGUCAUACGCGAAACACCAGCGCAUGUCUCUGUACGUAUCGGCAACGCAAGCAACCCAACCAGUCUUGCCGACCCGCAAAUCCCUCUUUCCCGUCCUGGGAAAGCUGCAGGAAGAGCCGAGCAAAUGCUUGUCCACCCGUGAUGAGUUUCCUUCUAUGGCAUCGUUGGCGACAGCCAUGCCUUCAGUGGCCGACAAGGAUGCGACGGUCGUCUGUCCCGCCGUCGACGAGGGGAUCUUGACCACCAUUUUUGGCUUUUUGAACGAGCGGGAACUGUUGUGCCAGGCAUCUUUGGUUUCUACCGCGUGGGCGGACGCAGCAACAACCGCCCACGCCACCAUGAUGCUGGCUAGCGUUGGAUAUUUGGAUGAGGUGGAGAGCUUGGAGGAAGAUGAUCAAAGCACCGACACUGUUGUGUGUCGAUCCGCGGCUGCUAAAGCGAUGGAGUGGUCCUGGAACAAGUUGACGGGCCAGUUUCCGUGGGGCUGCUUUUUGAGUGAAGGAGCGUUCAAACAAGUCUUCAAGGUUUACAACACCGCAGUCAGAACUGAAGAGGCGGUAUCGGUGAUGGACGUAGACGCAAUUACGGACAAAAAGACCAUCGGUGCCGAGCUUGCCGUGUCUGCCCUCCUCAGUUCUUUGACCCGAAGAGGAGUCUGUCCGAACUUUAUUUUGACGCGAGGAGUGUUCACGUCACCGUACGCCCCACCUCCGACACAUUGGGGAAAUGCCAAUAAAAAGAAGCCUCUAGGCAAGUCCUUUGUCAAGGUUAAGUCGGGACCUAAAAAACCCAAGGAUGCCCAUCCAGGUCGGUUUCAGUUCAUCCGUAUGGAACUGUGUCGUCAGGGAGAUGCAGAAGAGUUUUUGAAACGCCAGCCCAACGAGAUGCUGGAUCCGCGUAUGUCACAGGCGUUUGUUUUUCAGAUUGCCUUUGCUUUGCACGCUGCUGCGGACCGCUUCUCGCUGAAACACUACGAUUUAAAGCUCUUGAACAUAUUUGUGCAAGAUAUUGUUGCUCAGACUGACGCGGUAGUGAUGCGGUACGGAUUGGGAUCGCAUAUGUUCUCGCUGCGGAUGCCGUCGGAGCAAGCAGUCGUUGCCAAGCUUGCUGAUUACGGAACGGCCAACAUCAAGGCCGAUACGAAUGGACAGCCUGUAACAAUUGCUCAGUUUACCACCCUUGAGAAUACGCCUCCCGAUUUUAUGAUUCUUGGAGACGAGGCGCGCCAAGGGCACAGUCACGAUUGUUUUGGUCUCGGGCUGUGCAUGUUGCAUUUGUUUACCGGUCACGCACCGUACGAAGAGAUUUUGGAAGAAGUAGUUUGCCCGCCGGUCUUGAAAAAGAAGCUCCGUAGAAUUUGGGAAGAAGAAAAAGUCAAGGGCUACGAUGCGAUUCGUAGUGUAAUAUUGUGCGACGUCUACAAGGAUGAAGCCGGAAACAUUGUCGAAGGCGAACCAGACGAUACGCUCUACGAUACGUUUUAUCGCUAUCUGGUCCUUUUUGGUGUUCCUGAAGCAUUUCAUCAGAAAAAGUGUCCGAAAGUCUGGAAGGCGAUUUCCGAUACUUUACAACAUGCCGGUCCCGGUAAAGGGGGGCGCCCGGUCCGUAAGAAACAAGGAACAGAUGCCGCGCAGUACCUUCAGGACAGUCGACAGUUUUCGAUUCGAGCAGGCUCCAAUAUUCUGAUCCGGCAGGCUCGUGAGAUUUUGCAGGCCAUGCCCGGCGGCAUGGAACUGCUUUUGCGGCUGUGUGCGUUUGAUCCGUCGCAACGAGCAUCGGCCAUGGAUGUGCUCAAUUCGAGUUUUAUGGAGAAUUUGCGGGAACCCGAUGGCGUGGAUACCACCGGUCCCAAUGAUACCGUCUUUUCCUACACGGCGUUUUCCACCUCGGGAGCCUUAGUAUAG